AUGCUGAAGGCUCACUUGGGCUGGGACGGGGCUGGGCUGGGUGUCUCGGGCGCGGAGAUCAACUCCAUGACCUCCUGCGCGCUGAGGCCUGAGUUGCUGGCCUUGGCAGGCGAUGAUCCUUUCCUGUGGCUCUACGACAGGCGGAUGCUGGGCAACAGCUGCGAGCCCUUAGCGGUCUUCCGGCCGCAGGGCAUGCCAUUGGCGCCGAGUGCCUCCGUCACGGGUGUGGCGCUGUCUCCGGACGGCCGGCGGCUGUUGGGGUCCUGGCAGCGGCAGGACGUGUUCCAGUUCUCCACGGACAUGGGCCAAGCGAGGCCCGCCCUGAGCUCCUUGCUGGGACAAAAGCCGGGCCGGAGGCAUGGCUGGACGGCAGAGGUGAACGAGGACAUGCUGAGCGCCACGCCCGAGUCGAAGUUCGUAGGCCACAGCAACAUCCGCACCAUCAAGGAGGUGGCUUACCUGGGGCCAGAGGCCUCGCUGGUGGCCAGUGGCUCGGACUGCGGGCACCUCUUCGUGUGGGACGCGCGCACGGAGCGACUGGUGCUGGUGCGGCGAGGCGAGGCGUUCGUGCAUUGGGUUCGCGACUUGAGGGUUUAA